AAAGCAUAAGCAUUUAGGAUCAUAGGUGAGCAGAGCUGCUCUGUUGUCAAAGAAACCCAUAAUGGCAUCUCCACUUUAGACCAAAGCGAAACCCGUUCCAUUUGUCUUCUCUCCGUUGCUCUUUUGUUUCCUAUUUCCUCCGCCGAACUUCAGACGAGCUUUCUUCUCAGUGUUUCCAUGGAAGAUUCAUCUGGCACACAUUGAUUUUCUCUAUCUUUUACUCUAAAGGAACGUCUCAUUCUAGCCAUCAUGUCCAAAGUUGGAAACAUGUUUUUGUGCUGCAGUUCAUCAAAUAAAUAUAACAGAAUAGAUGAAAAGCUUGGAAGAAAAAUGGUUGAAGUCAAAAGAAAUUUAGCUGGACAUGACAAUUUCAAGUCAUUAAAUGGCAUAAUCUUGAGAUUUCCCCAAUUCAGAGAGGGAUUACAAAACAUCAGGGGUGUAUUUGAACAGUAUGAUGAAGAUUCCAAUGGAAGCAUCGAUCGCGAAGAACUCAAGAAAUGCUUACAGCAGCUGCAAAUGCAUAUGACCGAGGACGAAGUUGAGGAUCUUUUCCACUCUUGUGACAUUGAUGGAAGUUCUGGAAUACAGUUCAACGAGUUUAUCGUUCUUCUAUGUCUCAUUUAUCUCCUCAAGGACCAGCAUUCGCCCACCAAAUCAAAGCUGGGUUCACCUCAACUUGAAGCAACUUUUGACACCAUAAUCCAAGCUUUCAUAUUUCUUGAUAAAAAUGGUGAUGGCAAUCUCAACAAGAAAGAAAUGGUCAAGGCUCUGAACGAGGCUUCUCCAUUCGAGAGAUCCCCUGCACGCAUUACAAAGACUAGAUUUCGUAUUCCUCCCUUCAUUAAAGAUUCUCCAUUUAACAAAUCGUUCUAGACAAUUUAAACAUAUCUGAUCAAACAAUGAGAAAUGGACUGGAACAACAGCGGGAAGGUGAAUUUCAGGGAAUUUCUAUUUGGUUUCAUUAACUGGGUUGGAAUUGACACGGAUGAUGACCUCUCUCUUGAAUGAAGUUAUGAGACAUCAAGACAUCGUAUAGACAUGAAAGACGGCGGCUUCAAAAAUAAGGUCAGGCUGAUAUGUCAUAUUCAUAAUUGAAUGUUUGUUUAUUUCAUUUGGUGAAUUGUAAUUGUAAUGUUCUGGAGAUGUUGUGAAUUAUAUUACAUAAUGUCAUUCUUAUUAUCGUUACGUGGUUGUUGAUAUGAACGUAGUUCAAUUAAUCAAGAUAAUUGUAUGGAUGAGAAACCAUCGUUUUUAA